AUGGAAAUACAUAACGUGACGUCAGUGCCACACGGAGCGUCCUAUCUGGUAAGCCUAGCAACACUGUACACAAUAGAAACUAUUAACCUUGUCGUACUCAGUGGAUUAGUUUCCAUCUUCGGCGUCAUUAGCAACCUUGUGAACCUCUCCAUCUUCUGGAGACACGGUUUCCGUGAAAGUAUCAACGUGGGACUCACCGCUCUGGCCGUCUCUGAUUUGGGAACAGUUAUCAGUGGCGCGAUUCUCUCGGUCUGUUUCAACCCUUUGAUCCCUUACUCAGAGAUGGGAGUGAAUAGUAGAGACGUUCAGUACCUCGUCGGGGCACAUCCACGCUUCUGCUUUGCUCGCAUCACGGGACUCAUCACCGUCUACAUCACAUUAGAGAGGUGUCUUUGUGUGGCCGUGCCUCUACACGUCAAGAGAAUUCUCACACCUCGUCGGACAUUCGCCGUCGUCGUCCUCAUCUUCACCCUCAUUUUUCUCAUCGAGACCCCUAUCUACAUGGCUCACAAACUUGACUGGAAAUUCUCCUACGCUCUAAAUAGAUCAGAAAUAAGUUUGGUCUCGAUGUCGAACGCAGCUGAGCUGGAAAACUUGAGCUUUGGGCUCAGUGUCUGUGUCCAAUUCAGCUCGUUUGGCCUUCUCCUCAUUCUGACGUCAACUCUCGUCCUUCUGCUCAAGAAACGCUCCGAGUGGCGUUUGCAGACGGUCUCUGCCGGACCCUCCGACAAAAAUAACGUUUCCCGUCGAGAACGUGGGGCCAUCAGACUGACCUUAAUGGUAUCUACCAUCUUGAUUUGUUUUCUUUUCCCCAGCACGCUUCUCAUCAUCACCAGUUUUCUGGAACCAGAGUUCAACUUCGGUCGUCGUUACCAGAAUAUGUAUUUCAGCGUCUGGACGAUUGUUUCUCUUGGGGAAGUGUCCAACUCAAGCGUGAACAUCUUCGUCUACUACAAAAUGAACUCUAGAUACAGAGAGACGUUUCGUGGCGUGUUUUGUACAAAGAGCUCUAGUAAAGAAGGCAACAAGACUCCAGUGAACGUUUCGCACACGGAAAAAUUAUAA